AUGGACGGGUUGCAAGGCCAGGCAGGUCAGCCCAUGGCCCAAGCCCCUGCGCAGCAACAUUCAAACCUCAUCCGAACCGACCAAGUGCAAAAAUUGCCGCAUCUGAAUGAAGCGCAAAAAGCCCAGCAUACACAGCUAGUCCGCAGCUUAUGGGAACAGCUGAAUACCCGUGAUCCCCAGAGCCAGGAGUAUCAGCACGCCCAGCUAAAACUCUCCCAGCUGUCCCAGAACUUGAUGAAGGGUAUGCGCCUAUUUCAGCAGAACCGUCAACAAGCGAUUCAGCAGCAGCAACAGCAGCAGCAACAGGUACAGCAGCAACAGGUACAGCAGCAACAGGUACAGCAGCAACAGGUACAGCAGCAACAGGUACAGCAGCAACAGGUACAGCAGCAACAGGUACAACCAAAUCAACCACAGGCCGCAACACAGCAAGGACAGGCAGUCCAACGCACUCAAUCUAAUAAUCCUCAAAAUCUCAACCAACUUCUGCCACAAAUUCAAAACAAAGUCAACUCACUCACUUUCUAUCUUCCACCGAACGUUACCCAGGAGCAAGUUCAGACAUGGAUUCCGGAGGCCCGCUUGCGAUACGGCAUUGCGCUUCAAAAACAGGAGGUCGGACGUGCGCGGUUGGCUGAUUUACGCCAACAAUACUCCCAGCGCCAAGCGCAGGCUAAUAUGUCUCAAGAUGAGGUUCAGGAGUUUAAAAACCGGCAGUUGGCGGCGGAGAAGCUUUUCCGGGAGGGUAGCGACUUCCUCAAUAAAUUCAAGGAGCAACAGGAGAGUUUCAAGAUGCAAUCGCAACAGAAUCCUCAAAUGAGUCCGCCUGCUCAAGCGACAACUAUACCCACAACUCAACCCAGUCCUGCCGUGUCUGCACAAACCCAGCCAGCCCCUAAUGCUCAAGCUGGUAGUGUCGCAGCUUCAACUGGAAUGCCUGGACAGGCACCCACCCCAGCCCCACAUACAAUAAACUCCGCAGUCAACGCAGCCCGUAACCAAGCAGGGCAAACCGCAAUGUCUCCUUCGACAUCGCAGUCAGGACAAGCACCACCAUCUGCGAGCGCUACCCCAGCUCCCUCAAACGCGCCUCCUUUGUCCCACAGACCCCAGCCUCCAUCACAGCAGGGUACUCCCGGAGCUCAAGUCACGUUCAGCCAAACUCCCAACCCUGAUGGUUCAACCCCUUCGGCAUCGAGCUCGCAGCCGGUUAACCUAGGCCCACCUCGGCCUUUGUCGCAUCAGGCAGCCAUGCAGCAAGCAGCACAGAACUAUAGCACAAAUCAAAACCAACAACCGCAACAACCGCAACAGCAGAAUAUGAGCCAGGCUGCAGCCAACCAGCAAGCUCACCCCCAGGGUUAUCUUGCUAAUCGCUCGGCUGACGCUUCCUCUCGCAACAUCAACAUGCACAUCCCUAAAACCCUUAACAUAUCCACCCCCGAGCCAGUCACUAUGCCCUCAUCUCGCCCCUCUCUUACUGGUGGUCCCAAUCACGGCCCUGGAAUGAUCAGCCAGCCUGCCAUUCAAAAGCAUCCAGGUUACGUUCUAGAGGGCGAAGGUCAACAUGUUCUUAGUAAGAAGAUGCUUGACAUUCUUGUCCGCCAGGUCACUGGUGGUGGUGAGGGAGAGAUGCUGACACCUGACGCCGAAGAAUUUGUUCUCCAGAUGGCAGAUGAUUUCGUUGACGACGUGAUCACUCAGGCCUGCCGUCUCGCCAAGCUGCGCCCAUCUUCAACCCUUGAGAUACGUGACAUCCAACUGGUCUUGGAGCGUAAUUACAACAUGCGCAUCUCGGGCUUCUCCUCUGAUGAUCUUCGGACUGUUAAGAAACCGCAACCAACCCAGGGCUGGCUGCAGAAAAUGACUGCCAUUCAGGCUGCCAAGGUCACCCAGGGCAGAUCUGAGUGA